CAUCCAGUCUCUCAAUUAUAUCCAGCAUCUUCCAUCUAUCUAACGUCUCUCCUGCCUGUUCUCUGUCGUCCUUCCUCCUGUUGUCCAGCCACGUCCUCGUUACGUUCCGCGGGCGGGUGCUUACAGAUCCCUUGUUUUCCCCUCAAUCCCCUUGAAAAGAUCCGUUCCUCGCACUCCUCAUAAUGCCUUCUGCUACUUCCAACGGCUCUGCCAAUGGCUCUGCCAACGGCGCCAGCCACCCAGCGGCAGCUCCCUCUGCUAACGACAACAUCCGUCGAUUCACAGCUCCCAGCCGACCCCUGAGCCCGCACGCCGCUCACACCCUGUUCCACGACAAGACACGAUGCUUCGUCUACGGUCUCCAGCCCCGAGCUGUGCAGGGCAUGCUCGACUUCGACUUCAUCUGCAAGCGCAAAACCCCCUCCGUUGCAGGUAUCAUCUACACAUUCGGCGGUCAAUUCGUCAGCAAGAUGUACUGGGGAACCAGCGAGACGCUGCUUCCUGUUUACCAGGACGUAGGCAAGGCGAUGGCGAAGCACAGCGAUGUCGACACUGUCGUCAACUUCGCUUCAUCUCGAAGUGUGUACAGCUCGACCAUGGAGCUCAUGGAAUACCCUCAAAUCAAGUCUAUUGCGAUCAUUGCUGAGGGUGUCCCCGAGAGACGUGCUCGUGAGAUUCUGCACGUCGCAAAGAAGAAGGGUAUCACGAUCAUUGGCCCUGCGACAGUCGGUGGAAUCAAGCCCGGAUCCUUCAAGAUUGGUAACACUGGUGGUAUGAUGGACAACAUCGUUGCCUCCAAGCUUUACCGCAAGGGAUCCGUUGGAUACGUUUCCAAGUCCGGUGGUAUGUCCAACGAGCUGAACAACAUUAUUUCCAACACAACCGAUGGUGUCUACGAGGGUGUGGCUAUUGGCGGUGACAGAUAUCCCAGCACAACCUUCAUCGACCAUCUCCUUCGAUACCAAGCGGACCCUGAGUGUAAAAUCCUGCUCCUCUUGGGAGAAGUUGGUGGAGUUGAGGAGUACCGAGUUAUCGAGGCUGUGAAGAACGGUCAGAUCACAAAGCCAAUUGUCGCAUGGGCUAUCGGAACCUGUGCGUCCAUGUUCAAGACUGAGGUUCAGUUCGGACACGCUGGUUCAUUCGCCAACUCUCAGCUCGAGACGGCCGCCGUGAAGAACAAAUCUAUGAGAGAGGCUGGCUUCUACGUCCCAGACACUUUCGAGGACCUGCCCCAGGUGCUUUCGUCGGUGUACCAGAAGCUCGUCAAGGACGGAACGAUCGUCCCACAACCAGAGCCAGUUGUACCAAAGAUCCCCAUCGAUUACUCAUGGGCCCAAGAGCUUGGCCUUAUCCGAAAGCCUGCUGCAUUCAUCUCCACAAUCUCUGACGACCGUGGACAAGAGCUCCUAUACGCGGGUAUGCCCAUCUCUGAUGUCUUCAAGGAGGACAUUGGUAUUGGUGGUGUUAUGUCAUUGCUCUGGUUCCGUCGUCGUCUCCCAGACUACGCCAGCAAGUUCCUCGAGAUGGUGCUCAUGUUGACGGCUGAUCACGGUCCAGCUGUGUCUGGUGCCAUGAACACGAUCAUCACCACAAGAGCAGGAAAGGAUCUCAUCAGCGCACUCGUCAGUGGUCUCUUGACCAUUGGAUCAAGAUUCGGUGGUGCUCUUGACGGUGCUGCUGAGGAGUUUACCAAGGCCUUCGACAAGGGUCUUAGCCCACGUGAUUUCGUCGAUACCAUGCGCAAGCAGAACAAGCUCAUCCCAGGUAUUGGCCACAAGGUCAAGUCCCGAAACAACCCCGAUCUCCGUGUCGAGCUCGUGAAGGAGUUCGUCAAGAAGCGCUUCCCCAGCUGCAAGAUGCUCGAUUACGCUCUUGCCGUCGAGACCGUCACCACGUCCAAGAAGGACAACCUAAUCCUGAACGUCGAUGGUGCCGUCGCUGUCUGCUUCGUUGAUUUGCUGCGCAACUGCGGUGCAUUCAGUGCCGAGGAGGCGGAGGAUUACCUGAACAUGGGUGUCUUGAACGGUCUGUUCGUGCUCGGCCGAAGUAUCGGUCUCAUCGCCCAUUACCUUGACCAGAAGAGACUGCGCACUGGCCUUUACAGACAUCCUUGGGAUGAUAUCACCUACCUCCUCCCAAGCUUGUCGUCAGGCGCUCCAGGCUCGGAGGGUCGUGUUGAGGUUCAAAUGUAA